AUGAAUGUCGAUACGGUAAGGUUCAGAUGUGGGAGUCUCCACAGAUAUGGUGCACAGGUUAAGGAAUUUCAUCUUGGAAGUGGUGUGAUUGUUCAGUCUUAUGCGGAGAGAGUGAUGGUAGUUAGACAAAACUUGGGUUAUAAUUGGUCAUCCAUAUAUUAUGCUAACUAUGAUCUAUCAGGUUACCAGCUGGUGUCACCAAUAUUAGGCCUCCUCGUUUAUAAUGCCGACAGUGAUCUGAGUUUUGGUAGCCCUUUCGAGCUUGGGAUUCUUGCCAUUGACAAACCUAUUAAAAUCGAUUUCAGCAAUGUUACAAAGGCAUCCAACAUCACAGGAUUAUUGCCAUUGUGUGCUAGUUUUGAAGGAAAUGGAAAAUUAACAUUGAAGAACCAAGUAUCAUCCAACGUUUGUGUGGCAAGCAGGCAUGGCCAGUUUGGUUUGGUGGUGAAGUCGCCGCAGUCGUUGGCUGUGAGGAAGAAGAUGCAAUGGAAACUGGUGGUGGGAUGCUCAUGCUCGGUGGGAGCUGCUUUGGGGGCUUUCCUUUUGGGGUUGCUUUUAGUGGCGAUGUUUGUUAAAGUUAAGAAGAAAGCAAGAAUGGAGGAGUUGGCGAGGAGAGCAUAUAAAGAGGAGGCUCUUUAG